GGCCCACGCCAGCGGCCACAGCACCGCACAGUAGCGCCGGCCGCCGCCCGACAACACGCCCUCCUCGCUCGCGCGGACGCUCACGCUACGCGCCCGCCGGCCGGCCACGCAGCUGCCAGGAGUCUGGUGAGGGCGGCGGUGAUGUGAGGCCAUGUUCCUGCUGGUGGUAGCCUCGUGGGUGGCGCUCCUGGGGGUCGUCCUGCCCGGGAACAACGUCGGAGCUGCCUUCCAGCCAGAGUUCGCGGCACCACUGGCCAACUUGACGGUGGCCGUGGGCCGGGACGCCACCUUCACGUGCCAGGUUCGACACCUGGGGGGCUACAGGGUGGGCUGGGUGAAGGCAGACACGAAAGCCAUCCAGGCGAUACACGACCACGUGAUCACGCACAAUCCGCGUGUAUCUGUCUCGCACGACGACCACUCAACGUGGAACCUGCACCUGCGCAACGUGCAAGAGGAAGAUCGCGGCCAGUACAUGUGUCAAGUCAACACUGACCCCAUGAAGAGUCAGAUGGGCACUCUGCACGUGGUGGUGCCGCCGGACUUCAUCGCGGAGGACACGUCUGGCGACAUGGUGGUGCCCGAGGGCGGCACGGUGAGGCUGACGUGCCGCGCACGUGGACACCCAGCUCCGCACGUGCAGUGGCGGCGCGAGGACAGCGCCGACCUGGUCGUCAAGGAUCCCUCCGGCAUCAAGACCAGGGUGCCCAUAUACCAGGGAGAGGUGCUGAAGCUGACCAAGGUGUCCCGCUCCGAGAUGGGGGCGUACCUGUGCAUCGCGUCGAACGGCGUACCCCCGUCUGUCAGCAAGCGAGUCAUGGUCAACGUGCACUUCCACCCAGUGAUUCAGGUACCGAACCAGCUGGUUGGUGCGCCGCUGGGCACUGACGUCACGCUCGAGUGCAACGUGGAAGCCUCCCCGACGUCCAUCAACUAUUGGGUGAGGGACACUGGCGAGAUGCUGAUCUCCAGCGAGAAGUACGAGGUGAAGACGGUGAGCAAGUCCAUGUUCGAGACCAGGAUGGUGCUGGUGGUGCGCAACUUCCAGGAGAAGGACCUGGGCUCCUACCGCUGCGUCGCCAAGAACUCGCUGGGGGAGGUUGAGUCCAGCAUACGCCUGUACGAGAUACCGGGCCCGACGAGGCGCGUCUACCCGUACGAGCGGGAUGAGUACGUGGACCAGUACGGCUCCGCGGAGGAGGAGCUCGACCUGGACGGCGGCUAUGCCCCCGGCGCCGGUGCCGCCCCCGCCGCCCCCGCAACGCUGGGGCCGGCCAGGGACCACCAGCAGCCGCCGCCGCCCGCCACCGCAGGCAUGGGCACCGGCUCCGGCAGCCGAGGCAGCGGCGGAAGGGGCUCGUCGCCUGGCAACGCGGGGCGACCUGCCAGCGGCUCUACGACUCGCCCAGCCGUGACGUCACACGCCGUGGUCUCCGCCGCCGCAGCAGUUCUGGUCUGCGCGGUGCUAUGACGCAGUCCGCUGCGCUAACCUGACGCGACCUCGUGCCUGCGGAAACGGUCACUGCCAGGCGUACAGCGAACGGGCGUCGGUAGCCGCGACAGCGAGGACACUGAAGGCGGGCGCUGCUUCUGCGCUUGCGUGAAUGGGCACUCUCGUCAAAUUGCUUAAUGAUGACGGAAACAGGCAAAUUUUCAUCGAUACGCGUCCCACUUGUUAUCUGCUCGAAUCCUCACUUCGGGGACAGCCUCCGAUGCUCCGCUUUCUUCCUAGUUAUUGUUUCUCUUCUGGGAAUGAAGCACCUGAAUCUGUCCUUCGAAAUCAUUCGCCUUCACACGAAGGAGUAAAAACGCCAAGUAAAGGCGACGUUCCUGGAGACUCUCUCGCGUGACAUCCUGCGAGAGUGCUCCACCAAUUCUCAUGCUGGUAGUUUCCCUGCUCAUGAAAGUUUUCCAAAUACGUGGCUUCCGGCCAUUAGAGAGUGUUGAGUAUCAUCAUAAUGAUCUGUACAUCAAAACGCUUCCAUUGUUAGACACUUACAAUAUAAUUUUAAGUUGUUUUUCCCUCCAUCGCUAUAAUUUUGUAAUAGCAAUAGCAUUAUCGUGGCUGAAAGUUAACGAUACUACUCGUUUAUCGGAUUUUAUUACAUUAAACGAAUUCAGUUAAUUGAUAUUAGUACUACCGAUCUUUCACUAUAUCGUCCUAGCCAACAACUUUCAGGGCUAGACGUUUUCCAGCCUGGUCUCCUCUAUGUUGGGAAGCCUACCUCAGCCACAGUCUCCCUUCAUUCAGCGUUUUAUUCUCAAUGUUUUGUGUGAGAUAGCCCAAUUUAUAUUCUUCCUUCCUCCUAACGGUAAGAUCUCUUGCACCAUGACUUGAUUUCAUUUCCAAGCACAAUGAUGACUAAUCGGAGAGUUUUCACACAUAUGCACUUCUGUGCACAAAGUACAACCCCGUAAGAACGUAUAUGCACACCAAAAGCAGACGAUAGUAUUCGAAGGUAUCGAUAUCUAGUAAACUGACUGUCUGAGGGAAAUAUGCUCUACAUUCAUAUUGCAAACAAUAUACCUUGCAGUAGCGUAUGAAAAGGAGUAAACACUAUCACUCUUAAUAGUGAGUCGAAGUGCUACCUACAACUUCAGAUUAUCAAAAUUAGUUAUUCAAGCUGAAAAUAUGCGUUGGCUUGUCCAGCCUCAUCCAACUGCCGAUUAAAAAAGAACAGUAUAGAUCUGAUACGAAAAACGGCGUGACAUUGAUUCCUAGGAGCCCCACACGCCAAAUCAUAAAUGCAGCUGCCCUCAGAUUCUGUGCAACUACAUUAGUAGCAAUUAAGGAUGUUUAGUUGGUUUCUUAAAAGAUACAGCCUGCUCCUGCUUGUAAAGAAACAAGCAUCUGGUAAAGGUUAUGUUUAUAUUUUCCUCCUAAUUGCUGGAGGUGAUUUAGCUGCGUAUUUGCUUUUAUCGCGCAAUAUGAUGAUGGAAAGAAAUUUAACAAAGCACACAUUCACGCCGGAAUUUAUGAGUUAAGUCAGAUGAAAGCCUCCUUUACGAAUUACAUAAUGUGUUGUAUAUAUUCGUCCCAAACAACAUGAAUUUAGUGUGUGGAAGAAUUAGCAUGGUACGUCAAAGUAGUGCAAAACACGUACGUCAGAAAAAGAUCUCAUCUCAAGACUGGAACAGUUGCGAUAAAUAUCUCAUCUCAGAGCUCCCACAGGUGAGAUAACGGCCUUGACAUUAAAUACACAUUUGAGUUGUUUAUCCGCUCAUUCUUCCACUUUUCACACUCUUCGUUUCAGUCCCACUAACGAGUUCUUCCUUGGGAUUUCCGAAGGACACCUGUAACUACACGGUUGUCAUCUCAACACAACUGGUGCCCCUGUCUAGAAGGGUUUACAGAACUGACGCUCCUCUCUAAGCAGCAGCUGGUCCAGACAAUGGGUGGACGUCGCACAGAGUUAGCAAAAUGUCGUAUCAGUCAUUGUGAAGGGCAACUAUUGUGAAACUGUUUAGACAUUUCGGUAAUCCUGUCUUUCUGAGAGCAAAGUAUAAUGAAUAAUCACUCGGUUUCUUCAGAGAUGACGAUGACCACAAAUGUCUGCAAAUUGUCAUUACUGACUUAACUUGGUAAUCAUUUAUCGUACUCUGCUGUCGGAAUAUUGAAUAAGUAAACUAUCCUAGAGUAACAUGACGGAAAAAAGUGCCGGAUCUGGGUGCGUAUCAUAUCUAACAAAUUUUAAAAUCCACAUUUAAUUUACUAUUCUGUCACAUACAUUCCGAGUACAUUGCCCUAACAGGUCUGCACCAGAUUUGCCGGCAAGAGACACAUCUUACGAUUUCAGACCGUCGGAGAUAUUCUUAUGCUCUCUUACUUACGGUUACCAUCUGCCAAUUUAAUUAAUCAUAACAACAUUUAGAAAUUGGUCUUUCCAGUGGCCUCUACCUGAAAGUGUUACUUUUUGAAAAGCUUUGCAUGUACAAAACCUCUCAUACAGUUCGGAACAUCUAGGUCAUGCUGAAUCGUCAUUAUGCAAUCGCAGGUCUUUAAGUUCUUUAUGUAUUUCCGAUCACGAAUGACCGUAAACUCCAAAAUUGGUCUUACACGCUUAUUCAGUCCAGUGACUUGCCAGCUACCCAUUUUGGCAGGGCCGCUACAUGAAACAUUACCUCAAACGUAGGGAUGCUCUACGAGUCUUUCCUUCCACAUGCGUUGCAGCUACAGUUUCAGCCACCAUUAGCGUCGUAAUGUGUGUCCAGACGACUCUAUCUCUUCUGUUUAUUUUGUUCUUUAUUCGUCAUUUUCUAUGUUGAUUCGAUUCAAGACAUCAUGCUUGAUACAUCCAUUUAAUCUUACUCUCUAUCCAAUAACACCUCUUUUCAUAGGCUUCUACUUGUUUUAUUUCUCCCUUCCCCACUAUCCUUGUUUUACAAUGGGAAAUUUGCAUUAAUAUUUUCUCAUGUCAAGGUUUAUACUUUGGUUUGUUUCGUUUGUUUGCCUCAUUUUGUUGUAAGUCUUUUUGUAUUCUUCAAUCCUAGAUACUAUGUCAGUUUCGCACCUUGCUUUUCUCUCUAUCUACUUUCCAAAUAGAAAAUUUUUAAGUUUAAUUUUCCUAUUUAGCGUAUACACCAUUAUGUUACUUUUUCUUUUGUUAAAACCACCACAUAUCUCACUUUCCAUUUUAUUCAAUGUACUCAAAUCAAUUGCUAUUCACUUAUGCCGACUUCCACUUUUCUUUCUUCUCACUGGUUGUAUACUGCCCGCCACGAAUUUCUCUCCUGUGUUAAUGUUUGCAUCUCAGAGUAGCAUUUGCAGCAUACGUUUCCUAUUAUUUGGUGGUGCAUUCCAAUCUCUGUCUUCCUAUAGAGGUUUUACCGUCUAAAGCUCCUUCUAGAACCAAGUAAUUAUUUCCUGAUAUCUUUACAGAGAUCCUAUCAUCCUGUCCCUUCUCCUUGAUAGUGUUUUCCACAUAUUUCUUUACUCUCCGAUUCAGCGCAGUACCUCCUCGUUCUUUACCUUAGCAUCCAGCUAAUUUUCGUCAUUCCUCUGUAGCACCACAUGUCAGAGUCUUCGACUCUCCUCUGAUCUGCUUUCUUCACAGUCCAUAUCUCCCUACCAUACAAUGCUGUGCGCCAGACGUACAUUCCAAGAAGUUAAGACAUAUGUUUGAUACUAACGAACUUCUCUUGGACAGGAAUACCCUUUUUGCCAGUGCUAGUCUGGUUUUUAUGUCCUGCGUGUUCCGUCCGUGCCGAAUCAUUUAGUUGUCUAGGUAUCAGAAUUCCUUAACUUGGUCCACUUCGUGAUCCCUUGUUCUGAUGUUAAGUUUCUCACUGUUCUCAUUUUUGCUACUUCUCAUUACUUUCGUCUUUCUUCGAUUUGCUCUCAGUUCAUUUUAUUAACUCAUUAGACUAUUCUUUCCAUUAAACACAUUCUGUAAUUUUUCUUCAUUUUCAGUCUGGAUAACAAUGUCAUCAGCGAAUGUUAUCAUUGAUAUCCCUUCAUCCUGAAUUUUAAUCCCACACUUGAACCUUUCCCUUAUUUCCGUCGUUUUGCUUCUUCGAUGUACAGACUGAACAGUAAAGGUGAAGACUACACCCAGGUCUUACACUCUUUUCAAUCCGAGCACUUCGUUCUUUGUCUUCCAGUCUUAUUGUUCCCCUCCCGGGUUUUUCAACUAUUAUACACUACCCGUCAUUCCCUUUAGCUUGUCCUAAUUCUCUCAGAAUUUCUAACAUCUUGUAGCAUUUUACACCAACGGACGCUUUUUGGAGGUCGACAAAUCCUGUGAACGUUUCUUCGUUUUUCUUUAGGCCUGCUUUCAUUAUCAGGCGGUGCGUCAGAAUAGCCUCUGUGGUGCCUUUAUCUUUUCGAAAGCCAAACUAGUAGUCAGCUUUAUCAUACGUGAAUCAUGCUGACCCUCUGUCCACGAGAAAUCACUCUUACAAUGAGACAACUCUUUACUCCUCUUGCUGAGACUGAAAAAUCACUCUUACAAUGAGACAACUCUUUACUCCUCUUGCUGACACUGUAAUAUUGGGUGUGAACGUCAAUGAUAAGGAGCAAUUCUGCGGCACCAAUUUCUAUACUCUGGCCUGUGCUAAAAACAUGAUACUACUGGCUACGCCAGUCUUCUUCGCACGAAGAGAAUAACUCAUGCUUCUGUCUCUGGAGCUAACACCAAAAUGACCAAAAUUAAAUGACGUUUUACACUAAUAGGCAGCAUUAUAAGCUUUUUCGAUACAGUGCAAUGUACGUACGUCUGCAGAGGUUCGUUGUCGUUGUCUUUCAACGUAACAUCUAAGUUAUUACCCUGCGUCAAGAACCCCUUCAGUUUCUUCUUACACAAUCCAUGUUUCGACCACUCUUCCGAAUUUUCUGCUGUCCUUCCUCAGGCGUACCAGAGACACCGGGAGAGUCUAAAACUUAUUUCAGUAUAAUAUUUGUCUUACAUGCAUCCUCAAUCUACCCAUACAGUUUUAUUAGCCGCAAUGCCAGAAUUUCAUCUAGAGUGUCACUAAUUCUUCUUAAAACAAAUUAGUUCUCUCCUAAUCCAUAACAACAUUUCUUUCCGUUCUUCGAUGAAGUAAGCAUUUGAAUAUGUUCGAUACCUGCGACACUAGAGUAACUGUGUGGGUGGUGACGUUCAUCAUCUGUUGCUUGCGUGUCCGUAGCUCAGAGAUGUAAUAAAUGCUGCCAUGUGAGAGGGUUUCGCUUGUGGGAGUCACACGGAGUGCUGAAGGUCAAAAAUAGUGACGACACCAACGGUGUUGAAGAUUACAUUCGUAAUGACAACGUCCACGAAAUCACCCACGCACACACUCACCCACCCAUCCACACACACAUACACACACACAAAAUCACACACAUGUAUAAAUGCAUAGGUUACGUGCAGUUAUCUCCCGGAAACGCGGAGGUGUCUUUGAAUAGCUCUGUGCGUGUCUGGGAAGUUCGAUUACCCUUCUGAGAGAUAUGUUUCCAGCAAGGAUAGAGAAAUAAACCAACAGAUUUUAAAAAUUAGAUUCUGUAAAAUGUAAACUUUUGUCGGCCGUAAAAGUCACAAUUAAUAAAAUAUUUCGGGCUAUUAUGCCGUGGUCUAGCGGAUUACACUUUAAAAUCCUAGGUUACGUUGCCAUCUGCGGAGCACAUUUUCCUGGGAGAUCGUAGCUACUUUGAGCGUCCGACUCACACUCUGGCUCUCUACUGACUGCAGCAAAAUUUCAUUUACGGUAGCUCCUCGGCAGUGGCUUGACGUCAAGUUCUUUGAAUGUCCGUGCGUAAUUGGCCCUUGUCGACUGCCGUCAUCCAUUGUUGAAAAAAAAGGUUGAAAUGUGUGUGUAUUCCUAACGGACCAAACUACUGAGGUCAUCGGUCCCUAGACUUACACACUACUUAAACUAACUUAAAGCUAAGGACAACAUACACACACACCCCAGAGGGAGGACUCGAACCUCCGGCGGGAGGAGCUCAUACGUUUUUGUUAUCUACCGAUAGUGAAAGACUGAUAUACAUCAUCUAGAGUACCGAAAUCCGGCUGUCAUUCAGUUUCACGCCCUCGUCCCGAUUAUAGAAAUUUAUGGGGUGUUUAAUAAUCUCUAUGACCUCUUUGCAUAACCUUACAUACCACCCGCUUGUGGCUGCCAGUACUUGAGCCCUAUAAAAAUGAAUAUUCCUCAACAAUUCAUCUGUCUACAGUUGCCCUUGUGCUAUUCUAGUAGUUGCUUUGACCGUUCUUUUUGUAGUACACGAGUACAGCUCCGCACAAAUACACGGAACCCUAUAAAUUCCUGCUUUUUCCAACGGCUGCCGAUCGUCAUUGGGCACCUUUAGGGGAUUCUGUAUCAUGUGGUAUCCGGAAAGUAGCUACGAUCCCCCUUCAAAAUGUCCUCAGCAGAUGGGGACGAAACGUUGGAUUUUACUGUGAAAUCAAUUCAGUCACGGCAUAAUAGCCCGGGACAUUUUAUUAAUUGUAAAAUCAGAGACUGUUUCCGAUGAGUUGUAAUGUUUCGUAAAGCCUAUCAAAUGUUGAUUAUAACACAUCUACGAGAUUAUUAGUGCGCAAAUUACGGAGCCAUUACAUUGGUCCAGUUCACCGCAGUAAAUAGCUGCGAGUACCCUGGAUGUGACGGAACUCGGUGCUAAUCGGCAAAGCGGAGGGCGGCGCUCGGCUGUGGACCAACUUGGUUCGCGGCGCGGCCGCAGCUGACAGGCUGCUAGUGGCCCAGCGCCCUCUGCAGAGCGCGCACAGUGGCAGCCCAACCCUGCCCACGGCCAGCAAGUAGCGAGUGCCCGCAGACCGCGGCCGCAUUCCAACCGCCCACAACUGCCCGGCUCCGCGGUUUCGUCGCGCAAACUCUCACGUUGCCGCCGCCGCCGCCGCCCACGCCACCUCAGCGCAAUCUACCCCACGUCACAGUCACACCCCGGGGGUCGCGCCGGCCUAACGGCACGUGCUUUGGCUAAGCGUGCACUGACUGCUGCUUUGCAAACUACUGGUAAACUUAUUGUUGUUUGAUGUUAUGGUCUUCAGUCAGAAUUGUUGCUCCGUGCUGGUCUCCAUACUAUUCUACACUUUGCGAGCCUCUCCAUCUCUGGAUAACUACAUCAGCCUAACCUUUUCUUCAGGCAGCUGUCAGAUGCGGAUACAUGUUUCAGGAAGUUCAUGACCCUUGGCUGCAUUAGAACAAGUUAUUAAUUUGCUACCGGUUCCUCUCGCUGACUGUCAUCUGGCAGCUAAAUCAACGUCAGAAAACACAAACGAGAAUACAACUUGACGUGCAAAAUGUCAUAAAGACACGCAAUCCGAAAAAAUUAACUUAGUAAAAAAUUGGCUGCUGCAAGUCAGAUGUCAAUCAUGCUGAACCAUACAAUCGUAUUAACUGUCAUGAACAAUCAUGUAAACCGAGCGAGGUGGCGCAGUGGUUAGACACUGGACUCGCAUUCGGGAGGACGACGGUUCAAUCCCACGUCCCGCCAUCCUGAUUUAGGUUUUCCGUGAUUUUCCAAAUCGCUCCUGGCAAAUGUCGGGACGAUUCCUUUGAAAGGGCACGGCCGACUUCCUUCCCUGUCUUUCCCUAAUCCGAUGAGACCGAUGACCUCGCUGUCUGGUCUCCUUCCCCAAACAACCCAACAAUCAUGUAACUGGCUCUUUCUAGUCAGGACAUAGCAUGAGAAGCCAGAGCACUUGUAACCUCGAAGACAACACCAACAACAAUACAAAAAUAGUUUUAAGAGAAAAACAAACAACCAUAUUACAACAAUUUCAGUACAGCCAUAAGUAAAAAUGUACAAAAACAACAAUCAGGGCAAUUUUCAAAAACAG